AUGGUCGACGCCGUCGACCUCAAGAAGAAGUGCGAAAACCUUAAACAGACAAUUGAAAAGAAACGAGAGGCCAAAUCGGACGGUGGAUUCCAGUGCGUCAAUGCCAGUGCAGGUGCCAAGCUGAUCCCAGCUCCUCCCAAGUGCAGACGACUACUAAAAGGUCAUUUUGGCAAGAUAUACGCCAUGCAGUGGGGUGGCGACAGUUCCAGCCUUGUCUCAGCUUCUCAAGACGGUAAACUUAUCGUCUGGAAUGCUCAAACGACCAGCAAGGUCCAGGCAAUUCCACUGCGGUCUAGUUGGGUCAUGACUUGUGCUUUUGAGCAGAAGCAGCGCAAUAUGGUGGCUUGUGGAGGGCUUGACAACCUCUGCAGCAUCUUUCACUUGUCGCAGGCGCAAGUCGUGCGAGCAACCCAAGAACUAGCAGCUCAUGAUGGCUACUUGAGUUGCUGUAGGUUCAUUGAUGAGGCCAACAUUGUCACUAGCUCUGGAGACUCCAAUUGUAUCCUCUGGGAUAUCGAGAGUGGAGAAGUUAAGACCACGUUUCGUGAACACUCAGGAGACGUCAUGUCCGUCAGUAUUAAUCCACAUAACCCAAACCUGUUUGUUUCGGGGUCGUGUGACUCCACGGCCAAAGUCUGGGAUGUCCGGAUGGGCAAGACGACGCACACGUUCCAGGGACACGAGUCAGAUAUUAACUCGGUGGAUUUCUUCCCCAGUGGCAACGCUCUGGGUACGGGGUCGGACGAUUCAAGCUGCCGUCUUUUUGACUUGCGUGCAUAUGGGGAAUUGAACAACUUUAGUAGCGACAAAAUUCUGUGCGGCAUCACAUCCCUGGGUUUCUCCAAGUCGGGACGCUUUCUUUUUGCAGGAUACGACGAUUACAACUGCUACUGCUGGGACGUUCUCAGCGCCACAGGCUCACACAUCUACCAACUUGCGGGUCACGAGGACCGUGUAUCUUGUCUCGGUGUUAACCCGACAGGGCAGGCACUGUGCACAGGCAGCUGGGAUACACUACUUAAAAUCUGGGCCUAG